AUGGAGGAGACGUACCUGGACCUCUACCUGGACCAGUGUGCUGCCCAGGAUGAUCUUGCCCCACCCAGAACAUCUCCCCUAUUCAGCCCUGUGGCAUCUUAUGAUGUGUACAUAACUAAGCCAUCCAAUCCAGAGAUGACUCUUAGUUCAAAUCUUGAAGGUAAAGAAAUAUCUGGUGAUUUCUCAUCGGUGGACCUUAGCUUCCUACCAGAUGAACUUACUCAAGAAAAUAAAGAUGAGGCUGGCAUUGGAAGCAAGGAGGAAACUGAAAAAAAUAAAACUCAAAGUAGGUUGCAAUUACCUAAUGAACAGGACACUGGCCUGGGUUUAAAUGGCAACAGUUUGUCAAGUUCCCCAUCACACCUGCACCCUGAUAAUGCUGACUCACCCCAGCUCUCACUGGAGAAACCAACCUCUGAUGCUUUGACUCUGCCAUCCAUAACGCCCAUGAAACCAGUGACCCCUGUUUCAGAAUGCUCUGGAAUUGUGCCUCAGCUUCAGAAUAUAGUUUCUACUGUCAACCUGGCCUGUAAAUUAGAUCUGAAGAAAAUAGCUUUGCAGGCAAAAAAUGCAGAAUAUAACCCAAAGAGGUUUGCUGCUGUUAUCAUGAGGAUCCGAGAGCCCAGGACAACAGCCCUCAUAUUCAGCUCGGGGAAAAUGGUUUGCACAGGAGCCAAAAGUGAAGAGCAGUCUAGACUGGCGGCUAGAAAGUAUGCUCGCGUGGUACAAAAGCUUGGCUUUCCUGCCAGAUUCCUUGACUUCAAAAUUCAGAACAUGGUUGGGAGCUGUGAUGUGAGAUUUCCCAUCAGGCUGGAAGGUUUGGUGCUAACCCACCAGCAGUUCAGUAGUUAUGAACCUGAACUAUUUCCUGGCCUUAUUUAUCGAAUGGUAAAGCCGCGGAUUGUUUUGCUUAUCUUUGUAUCUGGAAAAGUUGUGUUAACAGGUGCCAAAGAACGUUCUGAGAUCUAUGAAGCAUUUGAAAACAUCUAUCCAAUUCUAAAGGGUUUUAAAAAAGCCUGA